ACUCCUCACUAUGCCUUCCAGUCUGCUGAGUCCUUUCCCAGAGCUGGACACAAACUUUUCCAAGGACUUUUUGAGUUUAAAGCUUAAUCCGAGCGGGAAUCAAGACCCUUCCUUCUCCUCCUGCCCACUCAACCUCAAGAAGAAAAGCUAUGAGCAGCUGGUGGACUUCUCUACUUGGCCAACAGAGAACCUGAACAUGGAGAUGCCUGCUACAAAUCUCUUGCGGCACAUCCCGUUCCAGGCAGAGCGCUCUGUUAGUCUGAUCGAAGAUGGCAGAAAGCCACUGGAGGUCUCCCGACAACAGUCCACCCGCUAUAAGACUGAAUUGUGCCGCACGUUUCAUGAGAGCGGAUCCUGCAAAUAUGGGUCCAAAUGCCAGUUUGCACACGGAAUGGGGGAGCUUCGUGGGCUGAACCGGCACCCCAAAUACAAGACGGAGCUAUGCAGAACCUAUCACACAAUUGGAUUUUGCCCUUACGGAUCCCGCUGCCAUUUCAUCCACAACGUCGAGGAGCAGAGGUUCUGUGGUAGGACUCGUGCGCAGUGCCCUCACCUUUUGCGACAAAGUGUGAGCUGUUCUGGAAUACCUUCCUCCUCAUCAUCCUCAAACUCCCUGUUCUCGACCUCCCUAUCUUCUUUAUCCCCCUUCUCUCCUUCCAGCCCAACCUCACCCAACUUCUCUCCAUCUAACUCCCUUGGUGGGAUUAUGCCUUCCUCCCCUGCCCUGACACUGAGCAUGUCCUCUCUGUUCCGCGCACUUUCCCCUCCUUCAGAGGAACCAGCUGUUGGAGAGGUUCCGCUCAAUCUGCCAUCCAGUCCAACCAUAAAACCUGAGGCUGGGAAAACGAGGGACUGUUUAUCAGAUGGAGGGAGCACAGAGACCGUCCAAUGCAAUGCCCAAGAAGCCAGGCGCCUCCCCAUAUUCAGUAAGCUGUCGUUCUGA